UUUUGCUCUUCCCGGCCUUGACCACGACCCCGACCCGGCCGAUCUCGAUCAAGCUCCCUCGUCCGAAGAGGUGCCGCCGCCCCCCUAUCUUCCAUAAUACCAUAGCACACACGUAUAUACGACGACAACAGCGACCACGAACAGCAACACCACUCGACGACGACGGUGACAUACUAGUCCUAAUACAACCCUCCCAGAAACCAAACAUGGCCGACUACACCAUGUACCACGCCCUCGGUCAGGGGGAGACCCUCGACCCCAACGAUCCCAACCGCACCUCACAACCGGCGCCUCCCCAGUUCCAACCGCCAGUUGCCCCGAACCCAUAUCACCCUGGCGCCGAGUACAAUGCUCCUGGUCACCAGCAGCAGCAGCAGUAUGGUCAGCAGUAUGGUCAGCAGCAGUACGGUCAGGAAUACGGCCAGCAACAACAACAACAACAACAACCAUACGGUGCCCCCUCUCCCUACGGCGCCCCUCCCGCGCAUUCUCCCGUGUCGCCAAUGGAUGAUGUAGGCUUGGCUGCGCAGAUGGGUGGCAUGUCUUUGGGUGCUGGAGCUGGUGCCGCCGAUCACCACGGGAGAAAGAAAAAGAAGGACCGCCAUGCUUUCCACACGGUCGAGGCCCCUGCCGGCUCUUCGCAGCCCUUCAACGGCAUGCCCCCCGCCGGGAUACCUGCAACCCAGUUCCUCAACGCCGACCCCUCCCUCGCCGGCAGGAUACCAGGUCCGGGCCAUGGCCAGUUCCCCAUGCCCGCCAGCCCAGCUUUCGGCCCCGUCCCAACCUCUGCCGCCGACUUCGCCGCAAGGGACGCUACCCAGGGUGUUGGCUCCGGUGUCUUUGCUGCCGGCGGUCCUCAGGGCGGCAAGCCUUCGCCAGACGAUACCCCCAGCGUGCCCCUUUCUCGCGACGCUGUCCAGCCUUACUUCCACACCAAUGUAUACCCGACCUUUGAGCGCCUCGUCCCACCCCCGGCUGUCACGUCUUUCGUUGCCCUCGACCAGGGCAACUCGUCGCCCAAGUUUGCUCGUCUUACCAUGACCAACCUGCCAGCAAGUGCCGAGGGUCUCAAGAGCACCGGCCUACCCCUGGGUCUUCUUCUCCAGCCCCUGGCCGAGACCCAGCCUGGCGAGCUGCCCAUCCCCGUCCUGGACUUUGGCGAACAGGGCCCGCCACGCUGCCACAGGUGCAGAGCUUACAUGAACCCCUUCAUGAUGUUCAAGGCCGGCGGCAACAAGUUCGUCUGCAACCUUUGUACCUAUGCUAAUGAUACCCCUCCCGAGUACUUUUGCGCUCUUAGCCCCCAGGGCGUCCGCGUUGAUCGCGACCAGCGCCCCGAGCUGACCCGCGGAACCGUCGAGUUUGUUGUUCCCAAGGAGUACUGGACCAAGGAACCCGUCGGCAUGCGCUACCUCUUCGUUAUUGAUGUUACCCAAGAGUCUUACAACAAGGGCUUUCUCGAGUCUUUCUGCGAAGGCAUCUUGAGUGCUCUGUACGGUGGUUCGGAGGAAGGCGAGGACCAGGACGAGACCGGAGAGCCAAGGAGGAAGAUUCCCGCUGGUGCCAAGGUUGGCUUCGUCACCUUUGACCAGGAGAUUCACUUCUACAAUGUCAGCCCUGCGCUUGAGCAGGCCCAGAUGAUCGUGAUGCCCGACAUCGAGGACCCCUUCCUGCCCCUGAGCGAUGGUCUCUUUGUGGACCCCUACGAGUCCAAGGCUGUCAUUAGCUCGCUCUUGACGCGCCUGCCCCAGAUGUUCUCCAACAUCAAGAACCCUGAGCCAGCCCUGCUGUCCGCACUGAACGCGGCUGUUGCUGCGCUUGAGAAGACGGGUGGCAAGGUCUUUUGCUCCCUUGCGGCUUUGCCCACCUGGGGUCCUGGCCGUCUCUUUAUGAGAGACGACGGCAAGCACCCGGGUGGAGAGCCUGACAAGAAGCUCUUCACUACCGAGCACCCUGGCUGGAGGAAGUUGGCCGAGAAGAUGGUUUCCCUGGGUGUUGGUGCUGAUUUCUUCAUGGCUUCGCCAUCUGGCGGCUACUUGGAUAUUGCUACUAUUGGUCAUGUCUCGUCUACGACCGGUGGCGAGACCUUCUUCUACCCCAACUUUGUCGUCCAGCGAGAUAGCACCAAGCUCUCCCUGGAGAUCCACCACGCAGUCAGGCGCGAGACGGGCUACGCAGCCCUUAUGAAGGUCCGCUGCUCCAACGGCCUCCAAGUGAACGCCUACCAUGGCAACUUCAUCCAGCACACCUUUGGCGCCGACCUCGAAAUUGGCGUCAUCGACGCUGACAAGGCUCUGGCCGUCACCUUUGGCUACGACGGCAAGCUCGACUCCAAGCUGGACGCACACUUCCAAGCCGCCUUGCUCUACACCACCGCUUCGGGCCAGCGUCGCGUGCGCUGCAUCAACGUCAUCGCCGGCGUCUCUGACCUAGCGCGCGACUGCAUCAAGUUCAUCGACCAGGACGCCAUCGUCUCGAUCCUGGCCAAGGAAGCCAGCACGAAGCUCUCCACCACCAGCGCCAACCUCAAGGAAGUCCGCUCCUCUCUGACCGAAAAGACCAUCGACAUCCUUGCCCUCUACCGCAAGAACCACCUCGCCGUGCCUCACCCGCCCCAACAGCUCGUCAUGCCCGAGCGUCUCAAGGAGUUCACCAUGUACGUGUUGGGCAUGCUGAAAUGCCGCGCCUUCAAGGGCGGCAACGAGACCACAGACCGUCGGGUGCACGACAUGCGUCUGAUCCGGUCCAUGGGCGCCCGCGAGCUCUCCCUCUAUCUCUACCCGCGCAUCAUCCCGCUGCACAGCCUCCAGCCCGAAGACGGCUACCCCGACGCCACCACGGGCCACCUGCGCAUGCCCUCGACUCUGCGCGCCUCGUUCGCCCGCGUCGAGCCCGGCGGCGUCUACCUCGUUGACAACGGCCAAGUCUGUCUCCUCUGGAUGCACGCGCAGACCGCGCCCGCCCUCAUUCAGGAUCUGUUUGGCGAGGACAAGACGACGCUCCAGUCGCUGGAUCCUUACACGUCGACGAUCCCUGUCCUGGAGACGCACUUGAAUGCGCAGACGAGGAAUAUCAUUGAGUAUAUGCGGACAGUGAGGGGCAGCAAGGGGUUGACGAUCCAGUUGGCUAGACAGGGCAUUGACGGGGCCGAGUUUGAGUUUGCGCGCAUGUUGGUGGAGGAUCGGAAUAACGAGGCGCAGAGCUAUGUCGAUUGGUUGGUGCAUGUCCACAAGGGGGUGCAGUUGGAGCUCGCGGGCCAACGUAAGAGGGAAGAUGGCGAAAGUCACUCGGCGCUGGGAAGCUUUACGGGGUUGAGGCCUGCGUAUUGGUAAAGUAAAGGCGCGCACAUAUAACGGAUGGGGGAGGUGAGCUAAGUAGUGGUGGGUGGUGAUGGUUGUCAUGUUUACAAU